ACGUUCAAAACAAGCAAAUGACGCCUGAUGCCGUGGAUGUGGAUGAACAAUGAAAAUCCCUCCCCAGGUGAAUGUGAGCCCCUCUCCUCGGGAACAGAAGAUUCCGGCGCCGCCGCUCCUCAUGAUGUUUGGGAUGUUUCCCCUCCUCCUGCGCGCUCUCCGCUUCAGAUCUCAGUCUAAUCUCUUUUAUGUCUCUUUGAGGUUUUCCAUAAUCGCCCCUUCAGGUGCGUAAUCCGCCGCCGCCGCGCCCGCCGUUACAACGAGCAGCCGUUUCAGCACAGCAGGUCGACGCAAAGCCGAACGCCGGGUUGUGUUGCUAUUUUCGGGACAUCUCCAUUGUUUUCGUGGCUGGCAGUGAGCGAUGACAGCGUUGUUUUCCCAGACUGUGGUCCAACAGAGGGGACGCCGGUUGAAUACAGAUAAAUCCAAAUGAUGUUGGCAAUAGACAGACAGGUCAAAUUCGCUACUUGUGUGAGGAUCCAGACGAUGGUUUAAAUGACAGCAUGAUUAUUUGAGCCCGCUGAAUUUCACUCUCAGCAACUGUGCAGCAAAUGUGAAUAUGCAUGGGCAUACGCGCUGUGAGCCACCUGUGGAAACACACAGUCUAACCAACAUGUUGCUGGACGGAGUCAUAAAUGCUGACGGGCAGAUUUUGUGAUAAAUGAAGGGGUUUCCACCAGUUUAGUGUCACAUGAAACCACAAUAAGACCUGACCUUUACCAACACUUGUCCUACAGUUCCCACAAUGCAUUUAGUUAAGUGUCUUCACCUGUGUUGCUGGUGUGACGUUCAAAUCUCGUGUAGACUUUUCUGCUUCACAGGCUAAAGCUGCACUUUAGUUUUGUCUGUUUCCAGAGUUUCGCAAUUAUCUUUUCUUUUUCUACACGACAAAAAAAGUUAACAUUCGCGUGCUUUCUCUUCGGCACGUCAUUGUCUAUACGCAUCCUGACCAAAAUCUACCGUCCAUCCACCAACCAACAAACAUCUGCGACGGCGUCAUCUGGGAUGUGGGCAUCUCAAAAGCGGCGUGAAUUCUGUGAGCGGCAGGUGACCUCUGCCGAUGGCUGACGGCGAUAGUGAGCAAAUGAUGAGGAUUUAGCAGUGGAACGCAGAUUUGCCCCGGACCCCCCGGUGCGCAGUCGGGAGGACCAGCCGUGCGUGCAGCGCUGUUUCCCAGCGUCUCCUCCCCUGUUUCUGCAGUGUUACUGCUUUCCGCGCAUCGCUCGUUGCGCCAGAGCAACCUUUUCUGCCACGGAGCAAAAGGAAAAAAUGAGUUCAUCUCCUGAGAACCACACUGGGCUGAGUCGGUAGAAACUGCUCCCAGAGGAUCGAAGCUGCACAUGUGACGCAGAUUCACCGUCAGGAGACCCCAGCUUCGUUAGCCCACCAUGCUGCUGCGCAAACGCUGCACCCCGACCCGCGCUGCACCCGUCUCCCCGUGCGUCUACGUCCCCCUCCUGCUGCUCCUGCUCCCCGGGGUCACCCACCUCUCGCAGGGCAGCGCCGGUGACGGCGACGUCGCCGGCACGCCGGGCAACUGCUCCAGUGAAGACAACUGCUCCGACGGGGUGGUGCUGCCCAUGUGGAACCCCCAGAACCCUGCGGUGGGCGAUAAGGUGGCGCGGGCCAUUGUUUACUUCGCGGCUCUAAUAUACAUGUUCCUGGGCAUGUCCAUCAUCGCGGAUCGCUUCAUGUCGUCCAUCGAGGUCAUCACCUCUCAGGAGAGGGAGAUCACGAUCAAGAAACCCAACGGCGAGACGUCCACGACUACCGUGCGCAUCUGGAACGAGACGGUCUCCAACCUGACCCUGAUGGCUCUGGGCUCAUCGGCGCCGGAGAUCCUGCUGUCUGUCAUCGAGGUGGUCGGCCAUCAUUUUGAGGCCGGAUCUCUGGGUCCCAGCACCAUCGUGGGCAGCGCUGCGUUCAACAUGUUUAUAAUCAUUGCCAUAUGCGUGUAUGUGGUGCCAGAGAAUGAAACGCGCAAGAUCAAGCACCUGAGGGUGUUUUUCGUCACGGGUGCCUGGAGCAUUUUCGCCUACAUCUGGUUGUAUCUCAUCCUCUCUGUGUUCUCCCCGGGAAAGGUGGAGGUUUGGGAGGCCGUCCUCACCUUCCUCUUUUUCCCACUCUGCGUCCUGCAAGCCUGGAUCGCCGACCGGCGCCUGCUGUUCUACAAGUACGUCCACCGGCGUUACCGCGCCGACAAGACCCGCGGCAUCAUCAUCGAGUCGGAGGGCGACGCCAUGUUCACCAAGAUGGACUUGGAGAUGGACGGAGCGGGGGUGAACUCCCACACGCACCCCAAAGAGGCUCUGGAUGGGAUGCUGGAGGGGGUGGAGGAAGGCGGGGGGGCGAGUGCAGAGCAGGAUCAAGAGGAGGAGGCCCGGCGGGAGAUGGCUCGCACCCUGAAAGAGUUAAAACAGAGGCACCCGGACAAAGACAUGGAGCAGCUGAUUGAGAUGGCCAACUACCAAGUCCUGGUCCAGCAGCAGAAGAGCCGGGCCUUCUACCGCAUCCAGGCCACGCGUAUGAUGAUUGGAGCUGGGAACAUCCUAAAGAAGCAUGCCGCCGACCAGGCCAGGAAGGUGGUGAGCUGCCACGAGGCCAGCGGCCAGGAGGAGGACCCCAACACCAUCUACCUGCAGUUUGAGCCCUCCCACUACCAGUGCUUCGAGAACUGUGGCUCGCUGAAGCUGUCGGUGAGCCGGCACGGAGGAGAAGGCGGCUGCACUGUAAAGGUGGACUACCGCACAGAAGACGCCACAGCCAACGCCGGCUCAGACUACGAGUUCGCCGAGGGCACGUUGGUCUUCAAGCCCGGCGAGACCACCAAGGAGUUCACCGUCGGGGUCAUCGACGACGACAUCUUCGAGGAGGACGAGCACUUCUACGUGCGCCUCAGCAACCCCCGCAUCGUGCACCGGGCCGAGGUCUCGGUCCUGGAGCCGAGCUCCAUCGCCUCCAGCAACAGCACCGUGGGCCUGUCCCCCCACGUGCCCCCCAAGGCCGCCCUGGGCACCGCCCACACCGCCACCGUCACCAUCUACGACGACGACCACGCCGGCAUCUUCACGUUCGAGAGCAACUCCACCAGGGUCAGCGAGAGCAUAGGCAACAUGCAGGUGAAGGUCCACCGAACGUCGGGGGCGCGGGGAAAGGUGGCGGUGCCCUACCACACCGUGGAGGGCACCGCCAAGGCCGGGGAGGACUACGAGGAAGUGUCCGGCAAGCUGGAGUUCCAGAACGAUGAGACCAUGAAGCUGCUGAACGUAAAGAUCAUCGACGACGAGGAGUAUGAGAAGAACAAGACGUUCACGAUCGUGUUGGAGGAGCCCAUCCUGCUGGAGGUGGGCCAGAGACACGGAGACACCAAUGAUAAUAAGACAGCAGUGGGGCCUGAGGACGUGUCCAAGAUGGGCUGCCCCAGUCUGGGAGAGCACACCAAGCUGGAGGUGGUCAUUGAGGAGUCCUACGAGUUCAAGAGCACCGUGGACAAGCUGAUCAAGAAGACGAACCUGGCCCUGGUGGUGGGCAGCAGCAGCUGGAGGGAGCAGUUCGUCAGCGCCGUCACCGUCAGCGCGGGCGACGACGACGAGGAGGACAGCGGCGAGGAGCGCCUGCCGUCCUGCUUCGAUUACAUCAUGCACUUCCUGACAGUUUUCUGGAAGGUCCUCUUCGCCUUCGUCCCCCCCACCGAGUACUGGAACGGCUGGGCCUGCUUCUUUGUGUCCAUCUCCCUCAUCGGCGUCCUGACGGCUGUGACCGGGGACCUGGCCUCGCAUUUCGGCUGCACCAUCGGCCUCAAAGACUCCGUCACCGCCGUUGUGUUCGUGGCCCUUGGUACCUCUGUUCCAGACACCUUUGCGAGUAAGGUGGCCGCCAUCCAGGACCAGUACGCCGACGCCUCCAUCGGCAACGUGACGGGCAGCAACGCGGUGAACGUGUUCCUGGGCAUCGGCGUGGCCUGGACCAUCGCCGCCGUCUACUGGCACACCAAAGGCAAGGCGUUCGAGGUGCAGCCGGGCUCCCUGGCCUUCUCCGUCACCCUCUUCACCAUCAUGGCGCUGCUGUGCGUCCUGGUGCUGCUGUACCGCCGGCGCCCCGGCGUGUCCGGCGGCGAGCUGGGGGGCCCACGGACAGCCAAGCUCCUCACCUUCUUCCUCUUCCUCUCCAUGUGGUUCGUCUACAUCCUGCUGGCCUCCCUGGAGGCGUACUGCCACGUGCCUGGUUUCUGAGACAGAGGGACACGACUCCUCUCUUUGUUUUUACAGUCUGAAUGUGUUCUUUUCUCGGUUUUGGUCUAUUUUCACUACGGUUUAUAACUAUUUCUAUCAUUAGUUAUUGAUACUGCACAAUAUCUGACUGAUUUUGACACUUUGGACCUUUGCUACCAUCCACUAUGCUGCGACGCAGUGUGUUCCACCGGACAUUUAUCUAAUCACUGCAGGCAGCGUAAACAGCAUCAGGCCUCCACAUGUGAAACUGCUGACAUCAGGUUCUUAGUUUUUAGGCUGAAGAUUGAAGUAAAACAAAAGGUUGUUUAGGAAAAUUUGAAGGUGCAUGUGGUGACAUUAUACCUGACAUUGACAUGAAAAGAAAAUCAUUAGUUUGACUGAAAUAACCUGUAAAACAUAAUUGUGUGUUGAUAUUUAUUAUUGGAUUGAUGCAUUAAUUAUUCAUUGUAUAUCAUGUAAAAGAUGAACAUUGUGUUUGGGAGUUUUGUGGACGAGUAUGUGGCGUGUUUCAUUUUGCACGUUAUCAGAGUUUCUUGCUAGUCUAUUUUAAACUACUGGCCGUUGAUGUAUUGAUGUGUUUCUGUACAUGUGAGUCACAGCUGUGUCAGAGUCACUGCCCGACGCCUUCUCCGAUUAAGUAAAUCCUAUGAGCACAUUUUUAAUAGGAACGUGUGUGUGCGUGUGUGUGUGUGUGUGUGUGUGUGUGUGUGUGUGUGUGUGUGUGUGUGUGUGUGUGUGUGUGUGUGUGUGUGUGUGUGUGUGUGUGUGUGUGUGCGUGCGUGCGUGUGUGUGUGUGCUCUCCAAACACAUUGUAUAAAGUCCCAUCAGUGACUCCACAAACAGUAAUUUCACAGAGGGCACCAGUUUUCUCGUCUGUCGCACAGACACUGAACAUUUUUCAACAAUAUCACUUACCGGAAAAAAGCACAGCCGAGAGCGAAGGCUCACAUUUUAAAUUAGCUCACUAUAGGUGGAGUGAGGUCCUCGUCACGGCAGCCACCAAACAGGAUCUUUAGGAAGGAAAGGUGUUAAUGUACCAUAAUUGAUGAGAGUGUCUCCUUAUGUUGCAAAGAAGUUGAUAUUAAAUUUUGUUUUUUAUUUAAUCUAGAAUUUGUGGAGCCAUAUUUAUUGUAACAGUAAUACACUAGACUAUUUAUAUGACCAACUUUAGUUUUAUUGAUAUGCAUGUUUAAUGUACAAAAAGUGGAAAUAAAUGUUUGCUGAUUUAUGACGCUGUAAA